GUUGUUCUCUGGCUAGGGUUUCCCCGAAUCCAACUCAAAGCUUCAUUUACUUCGAAAAUAACUUGUAUGCUUCAAUCUCUGACCUAUGGGAGUUGGAGAAGCAAAACCUUCUUCAGGUUAUGCCAAACCUCCAUGGUUAUUCAAAGGAAGUGCACUGUACCAGCUCCAUCUCGUGAAAGCAGAAACCGCUCGAGCUUUUAUACCAAAAGAGUUCAGAUUAGUUGAAGCUUUUGGAUACACUCUUGGUGGUUUUUUUCUUGCUCACUAUGAUGAUAGUCCAGCUGGGAUCUUUGAUGAGCUUGUGGUCAUUGCAGGGAUUGUAUGGAACCCCCCAACUUCUUGCGCAUGGGCUGCUAGGGUACUUGUAAACAGCCACGAAGCUUGCUUUCAUGGGCGAAAGUGUAUAGGGCUUCCGAGUCAAGUUGCUGGGUUUUCAAAGAGAACAACAAUCUUAGAGAGGUCAAGAAAUAAGGAGAAUAGUUUCUUAAAUAAGAUUGGUUUUGGAACUGCUUUUUGCAACCCAAAGGAUCGUAUUGAUGUUCAAGUAGCAGAAAUCAAGGAUUCUUCCACAACUGAUUUUUGUUGCAUCAGCCUUCCAACUGCUGUGCUGGAUUCCAGAUCUGAUAGCAUGUGGAUGGGUCCCAUUGUCAAAAUGUCUCUGCCAAGCUUUAGUGGCCACACACAGUAUAAUCCUCGCCUUCUCAAGUAUUCAUGUCAAAUUAAAUGCAGGGUUCGAGCUGUGACUCCAGCAAAAGUAUCAGGACCAACAACUCCAGUGGACAAACAUGGAGAAGGAUUGAUCGCCCACCAAAGUUCUUACUCCGUGGAUUCUGAAUUUGAAGGACUGACAGAAAAUGAUGCACGGAACCGGAGUAUUUCUGUGUUAUUGUCAAAGCCUGUAUUGGCGUUAGAGUUCAACUUUCUGAAAAUGCAGGUGGAACCCCCCAUUGUAGUUGCUCAUUGCUCCAAGAACUUAGUAGAAGGCUCUUAAUUAUAUACCUACUUUAAUACU